CUGUGAAACACAAAAGAAUAACAUUCUAAUGUUCUCAUCGGGCCCUGUGUGCGGUGCUAAAUGUUGCAACACGUCAUUAUGCAAUACCGAGAGUUGUAGCCACAGCAGUCCCACAACAGCUACGCCCCCUAUACCGACACACGCCUCUGCAAAUGGCUGCCAAACGGGAAACAACUGGAUUGACUUCGGCAACUCUUGCUACCUUAUCGGCGCUAGGAACUUAAACUGGAUUGACUCUCAGAGUUAUUGUAACCAAAAUGGUGGAUUUCUUGCACGCAUCGAUACGCAGGCGGAGAAUGAUUACAUCAAGGCACAUUUGAAGUCCUAUCCUGUCCAAGCAUCCUACUGGAUUGGUUUGAAUAAAAUACGGACUAACGGAGUAUGGACAAACACUAACACUCCUGCGAAAUACACAGACUGGGCACCGGGCCAGCCACAGAGUGGUGCAGACGACUGUGUUGUGGCUGCUCAUUAUUUCGGCUGGGCUUGGGGAGACUAUGGCUGCCAUAUGUCUAACACACACCAGCUUUGUGAAAUACCCAAGACGCCUAGCGGAGCUUUAAUUGGUUGACGGAGAUGAGGAAUCAUCAAAACAAUUGUAUUUGCCUCGGACUUUAAUUGUUCAUUCUUAUUCGUGAAAGAAAACAUUUCGGUCGUGUUA